AUGUAAUAUAAAAUAAAAUAAAUUUAAACCUGUUUUUACUUUGUCAUUAUGUGUAGAUUGAUGGGGGGGGAAUAUUUUGUCAAUUUUAGAAUAAGGCUGUAAUGUAAUAAAAUGUGGAAAAUGUCAAGGGGUCUGAAUACUUACCAAAUGCGCUAUAUACUAAUCAUAUUUAUGUUACAUUUUUAUUAUCAAAAGGAUUUAUAUUGACAAAUGACAUGCCAGAAAUCAGUCAUAUUUAACAGAUGUAUACCUGUUAGUCUCAUGGCACUGUAGUUCCAGCAAGUACAGAAUAGAUAUCUCUUGGAAAAAGUGUAAACCCAUCCCCUAUAUACAGUACCAUAAAAGGUCUCCUUGUAUAACUAACCCAGGGGAAAGGGUAACAGAGGUUCUUGAGUAAUAAAAAAAGGUAGAUUUAGUCUCACUAUGAAUCGUGUCUGUAACGUCCGUCGUUAAAUGAAGACCAAGGUGCAGCGUGGUAGGCGUACAUUUUCUUUAAUAAAAUGUUCCACCAAAAAAACAAUAAACAACUCAAUGAACAAAAAGCUUAGGAGUGCAACCCAUACAACAAACAAAGACAAGAUCCCACAACAGAAAGUGGGAAAAAGGGCUGCCUAAGUAUGAUCCCCAAUCAGAGACAACGAUAGACAGCUGCCUCUGAUUGGGAACCAUACUCGGCCAAAAACAAAGAAAUAGACAACAUAGAAUGCCCACCCCAAAUCACACCCUGACCUAACCAAAUACAGAAAUAAAAACGUCUUUCUAAGGUCAGUGCGUGACAGUGUCGGUGUACAUCUCCUGUCAAUUUCUCUAGCACCAAACAAAAUGGUGAGUAACCUUUUGGAAGAAUUCAUCUAUUUUCUAUAAUUUGUAGGAUUCUACAAUUUGUCAACAUGGGCUCAUAUUUUAUACAUAUUACAUUUUCUUUAAAACUGACCCUUGGCCUUGGGCAUGAGAGUAACCAUUUAGUAGUUAGGUACUUUCUUUGUACUUCUUAAUCUGAGUGCGUUAUUUACAGGCCUACAUGACAUAACAUAUUUGGAUGAUUGAACUUUACUCAGUUCUAUCAAAGGUUAUUCUUAUUCACCCUUUUUUUGCAUGGAAAAUGCUCUAUUACAAGAACAGAUCACUGAGUAUAAAGGUGUUUUUGAGAUGUUUGAUGAGGAAGGAAAUGGAACAGUGAAGACACAGGAGCUAGAGCGACUGAUGAGUUUAAUGGUAAUCAAUCCCACCAAGAGAGAGUUCCUUCAGAUGGCCAAAGAUGUGGACAAAGAUGGCAAAGGUACUUUUAACCGUGAGAGCUUCCUGGGUUUGAUGGCAUUGGUUCAUGAAAGCGCGAGGGGCCAACAUGCUAUGCUACGAGCUCCUUUCAAGGUGUUUGAGAAAGAGGCCGAGGGAUAUAUUGAGUGGAAUACCCUGAAGUAUGUGUUGAUGAAUGUAGGAGCACCACUGAAUGAGUUAAAGGCAGAGCAAAUGAUGGAAGCAGAUAAAGAUGGGGAUGGAAGCUUCGAUUAUGAAGAAUGUGUGACCAUGAUGACUGGAGGCUCCUUCAAGAUGUGCUAAAUGAAUCAAAGAAGGCAAACAUGAAUAGGAAACAUUAUAUUAGUCAGGGUUGACCGUGUA